CUGACGAUUCAGUCGCAACCCGAGCCGUGGCCUGACAGCAUGUGUACGGUUCCCAGCUGCCCAACGGAAAGGUGUGUGCAACGGUAUAACGGCGCAGUAGAACAGUAUAACAGCGCAGUAGAACAGCGUGUAGUGUAUUCGCAUCAUGGGCCUGCUCGGCACGCUGCGACGACUUAGUCCAAGUCCACGCAGCCCCUCGCACGGCAUCGAGCUGCAGCAUCGCAGUAAAACGCAAUUGGAUCUACAGGUUCCGGUUCCGGUUCCGCCUCCAUUCCUGACCACGACUCAGUCCUCGCCCCAUCUAACUGAGCAAACGUUGCAGGUGUGGCGGGCAUUGCCAGCGGAGAUUCGACAUGAUCCGAGCAUGGCGAGCUUUCAAAUGGAAAACAAGCGCGUUCACGGCUCCAUGGUCGCCGACAGCGAGGCGGAGGAGCACGAUGUGGAGGUCGAGCUGGAUGUGGAGGAGCCAGACGACCGUAAAUCUAGCUAUGCGGGCUCCGAUUUUCUGGACAUCAAAAUGAAGCCGAACUAUGACGGCGACAAGAGCACAGACGAUGAGGCGACCACGAUUCACUCGGAUCACGAGCCGCACGCAAAUGGACCCGGCAGCGCCAAGGCCGUGGCUCGGCGUCUGCAUCACAAAUCGAAGCGCUCCAAGGAGCAACAGCAGCGGGAUAAACGCUUGAAGAGAUGCUGCCUGCUCGUCAUCUGGGUCGUGGCAGCCGGCGUCCUGAUCAGCGUGGGCGAGAAGCAGCUGCUCGAGAAGAUUGUGCAGGUGCCCAAAGGGGAGAUUGGCAAAUUUUUUCAGCUGGAGCAGAAGCCCAUGGGCGACUUCUACCUGAGGCUGGAGGGCGCCUUCGAGCAGUCCUUCAAACAGUUGCAGACUGAGCUGGAGGAGAACGAGACGGAUAGUCGCAGCUAUCUGUUUGUGCAGCCGCAAUUGUCCCACAAUGGGAGUCGGGACUAUAUGGAUGUCUUAUCACCCUGGCAGCUGCCUUUGGUGCCGGAUGAUGAGCUUUUCAGGUCGCCCGCUGUGCAUCGCAAUCACACCUUUCACAUAACCCCCGAGUUGGGUGAGCUGCUCGCCCAUCGGGAAAGUCGCAUGCGUUUGCGCAUCUACAGCAAUGCUCAACAGGAUUUGGCUGUGGAUCUCAGCUAUAAUCCGUUGAUUGUGAACAAUCGCACUGGGAGCAUUCUAGCGGGACUCAUACUGCUGCUCUUCUACGGCCUGCUCAUCUCGGAGCAACUCGAUCGUCCGUUUGUGGCCAUCAUCUGUUCAGUGCUCUCAGUGACGGCCUUGGCUGCCUUUCAAGAUCGCCCCAAUAUGGAGGAGAUCAAGCAGUGGAUGGACAUGGAACUGCUCACCCUACUCUUCUGCAUGAUGCUGCUCAUUCUCAUACUCACCGAGACGGGUGUCUUCGACUAUCUGGCCGUCGUUUGCUUUGAGGUUUCGGGCGGCAAGAUCUGGCCGAUGAUCUAUAGCCUCUGCGUGAUCACUUGUCUGGUGUCCAGCUUGCUGGACAACAUGACCACCGUGCUGCUGCUCACACCAGUUGCAAUACGUCUGUGCGAGGUCAUGCAACUGGAUCCCAUACCCGUCGUCAUGGGCAUCAUUGUCCACGCGAACAUCGGCGGAGCUCUGUCACCCAUCGGCGAUCCCAUCAGCAUCAUCGUGGGCACGAACCGCUUUAUCAUCGAGAAUUACCCCAUCAAGAACAAGAAGCUACUGCUGCUGUCGACCGGUGUCCUGAUCUUCGUCAUCGUCUGCUUCCUGGUACAGUCGGUGCCCCGUUGGCGCACCUUGCCCCUCGGCUGGGUGGCGCUGCUGGGUGUGAUCCUGCUGCUGAUCAUGGUGAAUCGCGAGGAUAUGGAGCAUCUGAUACACCGCAUCGAGUGGACAACGCUGCUCUUCUUCGGCGCCAUGUUCGUGAUGAUGGAGUGCGUGGAGCGGCUCGGGCUGUUGGUCAGCAUUGCCGAGUUCACGGAGCACGUGAUUCUCGCCGUGAGUAUGGAGCAUCGCCUCACGAUGGCCAUAUUCGUGAUAUUGUGGACCACAGCGCUGGCCUCGUCCAUCCUGGACAGCAUACCCGUGGCGGCGAUGAUGGUCAAACUGGUCACCUCUCUGGUGGCCAAGCAAUCGCUCGGCCUCCCACUGCAGCCCCUCGUCUGGGCCCUCACCCUGGGCGCCUCCCUCGGCGGCAACGGCAGCCUCUACGGCGCCUCGGCGAACGUCAUUGCCGCCGGCAUUGCCGAACAGCAUGGCUACAAGCUCUCCUUCACGCGGUAUCUGAAGACCAUGCUGCCCCUGAUGCUCUGCCAGAUAGUCCUGAUGACCAUCUAUCUGCUGCUCGCCCACAGCGUCUUCGAGUGGAAUUAAUUGCAAUACGACAAAAUCAUAUAUAAAUCAAAUAAUAAUUGAAUAUUUCAAAUUUUUUUAACUAUUUAU